UUGGCGUGCGCGGGUUUCUGCAGAUCUGGGGCGAGCUUGCACGUUACAUCACCGGUGCAUCGCUUCUUGCUUGCUUAAAUUAACACCACAUAGGCUUUUAUUGCGGAAAUCGCCAUAGACUCUUAAGGGCCGCGGAACGGGACGGCCUUCGUAACUGGUUUGCACACCCCCAGCAGAUCUCCGUGCCGCGGAGUUGGACGCAGACGUGGGUUGUAGGAGCUUUCAUUUUCCCCAGCUUUGCAGCUACUCUUUGGCCCCGUUAGCUUCUAGAUUGGAAGCCGAGGGGCUGAAACUCAGAAAAGCAAUUACUCUUCCCUGAUGAGGCAAGAAUAGCGACAUGAUUCCACCUGCAGCCCUAUAGAGAUUGGUCCCUCUGUCUUCCCCUCACAGUCGUGGCCUUUUAACGUUCCUGUGUUAUUUGAGUGCCAAAAUGAGUGACCGAUAUCUAGAACAAAGGAUUAGUAUCAAAUUCUGCGUGAAAUUGAACAAGUCUGCAAGUGAAACCCACCAUCUUUUAAAAGAAGCUUAUGGGAAUGAAGUCAUGUCAAGGGCCAGAGUUUUCGACUGGCACAAAAGGUUUAAAGAAGGGCGGGAAGACAUUCGAGAUGAUGCCCGAAGUGGUCGUCCAGUCACCCACCGGACGGAUGAAAAUAUCCAGAAGGUCAAGGACUUGGUUUGUUCGAAUAGGCAGUUAACUGUGAGGAUGAUGGCUGAAGAGUUAAAUUUAGAUAAAGAAACCGUUAGGCUCAUUCUGAAAGAAAACUUGAAUAUGAGGAAGGUAUCUGCAAAAGUUAUAUCGGGUAUUUUGAAGGAUGAGCCUCAACCUCGAAAACUUGACUUUCGGUCUGAUCAUUCAAAGGAAACUAGGAAAAAUAGCUCAUGUGUGAGGGAAAAAUUAAUUUUUGUUUUCUGGGUCUGCACGGUCAAUAAAUUUUCAACGAGCAGUGAUUCUGUUCCUCAUCUUUCAUUGCUUCAUGGGACUUCAGGGAAUGAAAGCAUAACAUCCUGCUUUCCCAUAAGUUCUCUGGCCGCUACCAUGGCACCAAUUAAAGACAUGUCCAUGCAAUUAAUCAAAACCAAUUUGGAAGCUCUCUGGCACUGCUCCUCUGAUGUGCUGCCUGCUCCACAUACGGUAGUUCCUCAGCUGCAGCGAUGGAGCCAGGCACAUAGGAGCUUUUGAUGAACUGGUUGUGCCAGCCCCAAGUGUUAACUAUGUCAUCUGACAUGACUAAUGAGGCUCCCAACUUGAUCUGCGUGAGCGGAGCAGUCCUGCUCUCUGGAGGAGGCUCGGUUUCCAAAGCCAGCCUGGGAAGAGGCUGCGACGUGCAGGGUACACACUCCAUCAUGUCAGCUGGAGUCCUGGAGGUCUCUAGUGUUGGAGCUGAGAGUCAUCCACGGGGAGGGUGAUGGAAACUGUUGGCCAGGCUCUGUGCUGGGCGCUGGUGGGGAUGUGACCCGACUUAAACUUCUAGCUCAGCCUCCUCAUUUUAUAGACAUGGAAGCCAAGAGCCAGCAAAAGUGAGGCGCCUGCCAAAGGCCUGAGCUGUGGGGAGAGAAAUAAAGGA